GCCGAUUAACUUUCCAUGGCCAACAUUGACAUCGACGGCCUCCUCCGCGGCGAGGACGGCGACGAGAGCCGCGUCCCCAGGACCAAAAUCGUCUGCACCCUGGGACCUGCAUCCAGAUCCGUCCCCAUGAUCGAGAAGUUUCUCAGGGCGGGGAUAAACGUCGCCCGAUUCAAUUUCUCCCACGGCUCCCACGAGUACCACCAGGAGACCUUGGACAACCUCCGCAUCGCCAUGCACAAUACCAGCAUCCUCUGUGCCGUCAUGCUCGAUACCAAGGGACCGGAGAUUCGCACCGGAUUCUUGAAAGAUGGGAACCCGAUCCAGCUUCAGGAGGGCCAAGAGAUCACGAUCUCUACUGACUACACCAUCAAG